UUUAUAAUUUUCAAACCAUUAUUAGCAUGAAUCAUCACUGAAUUUAAAGGAAAUAGGGAUGAGGAAAAAGAGAGUGAGAGAGAUAACAUCACUGCGUAGAUGCGUAUUGAAUGAUGCGUAGGGUGUAAUUGUGACGUCUAAGAUUUAACCCGGGCGAACCACACUCUCCAUCUGUAUUCUGUACAGUAUCCAGCAUAAUUCAAUAACUCAGUUUAGAAACAUCCAGAAACAUCAAUAGCCAUCCAGAGAACGUGCAUUUUAUAACUUCCAAGCCUUCCAAGGUCACUCAAAGGUACAAACUGCUUUAAAAUCUGAUAUUUCAGUAGCCAAAUUUAUACACGUGUUUGUUACAAUAUAUAUAUAAGAUACUGAAAAUGAAUUCAAUUGAUGAUCAAAAUCAUUCAACAAUUGUUCCAUUGAACUUAAAUACACGCCCUGAUGAUAUUCGUAAUCGUAAAAUUGGUGCAUGUACACCAGUUGAUAAUGAUGAUUCAUUGGCAAUAAAAGUAUUUGUAUUUUUAUCAUGGAUUUUUGUGAUUGCAACAUUACCAUUUUCAUUAUUUUGGUGUUUUAAGGUUGUUCAAGAGUAUGAGAGAGCUGUUAUAUUUAGACUUGGACGUUUGUUGUCAGGUGGAGCUAAAGGACCAGGUGUAUUUUUUAUUUUACCAUGCAUUGAUUCUUAUACAAAAGUUGAUUUACGAACACGUACAUAUGAUAUACCAGCUCAAGAGGUAUUAACAAAGGACAGUGUUACUGUAGCUGUUGAUGCUGUUGUUUAUUAUCGUGUUAAUAAUGCAACAAUAUCAAUUGCAAAUGUUGAAAAUGCUCAUCAUUCAACUAGACUACUUGCACAAACAACAUUGAGAAAUACAAUUGGUACACAUCCAUUGCAUGAAAUAUUAAGUGAACGUGAAACAAUUUCAGUUAAUAUGCAGACCACAUUGGAUGAAGCUGCUGAUACAUGGGGCAUUCAAGUUGAACGUGUUGAAAUUAAGGAUGUUCGUCUUCCAGUUCAACUGCAAAGAGCUAUGGCUGCAGAAGCUGAAGCAUCUCGUGAAGCACGAGCCAAGGUAAUUGCUGCAGAAGGUGAACGAAAUGCCAGUAAAGCAUUGAAAGAAGCUGCUGAUGUUCUUGGUGAUUCACAAGCUGCUUUACAAUUGCGUUAUCUUCAGACUUUAAGUACGAUUUCAGCUGAAAAUAAUUCAACAAUUAUUUUUCCUUUGCCAAUUGAUGUCUUGACAUAUUUCAUGAGUGCUCAAAAAGCUAAAAUGUAAAUGUUACAUGUUCAGUAUUAAGUGUCAACAGUUUUAAAAGAAAAAAAAAAACAAAUAAUAUUUGUUUCAUUAUACUUAAAAAUUUUGAUUUAAAAUAAUUCUUAUUUACUUGUACAUUUUAUUAGUAAAAAAGAAAUAUUUUAAAUCAAUGUCAUAUUACAUGUUCAAUAUUAAGUGUCAAAGAAAAAAAAAAAAAUACUUUUCUUCCAGUUUACUUAAACAUUUUUUUACUUAUAUACUUUAGUUAUACAAAUUUUUUUUAAAAUUAAUUAUCAGUAUAAUAAAUAAACAACUCCAUGACUUUGAAUAACAUUUUUUUAAUUUUGAAUAUUCAUUAAGACAAUAAUAGCUUUUCUAAAUUUUUUUAUUGUUCAUUUUUAAUCACAAUAAUCGUGAUAAAAACUUGAAAGUAUUGUAAUUUUAUUGGUCAAAUUAUUGACUGUAUUAAAAUUAUAUAUUGAUGUACACGUGAAUAAAAUAAACGUUAUAUUUGUCAUGAAAUAUUUCAUUUUUUUUAUAAUUAAUGUGACAAAAUUUCAGUAAUUGUAUUGAUGAUCAAAAAUUAACUUUUAUUAGUUUCUGAAUACUGAGUUUAAAUUAGUUAUUUUUAUUUUUCGUUAUCAGUUACAUGUUAGAAUGUAUAAAUACAAACUGAUAAAAAAAAAAAAAAUAAUAAUACCGGAAAUGAUUCACAGCUAUAACUCUAUACUAAAUCAAAAGAAAUAUAUAUAUGAUGAAUUUUAUCUCUUGAUAUACUUAUAUAUUGUAUUUUAAUAAAAUUGUCUAAAAAUAUUUGA